AGUUUUCAAAGGACAGAUAUCAUGUAAUUCUGAAGUUAAGUUGUUGUUGUCAGAUGCUCUUACAGUUCUAGGACAAAUACAGUAUAAUUUAUCUGUCCGAAGACGAUAUAUGAUCAGACCUGCACUUAAGAGGAAGUAUGCUGCAUUGUGUCAUAUGUCAAUGCCAAUCACUACAAAACUUUUUGGCGAUGACAUAUCUAAGGAAGUAAAGAACCGUGAAUCUUUUGCAUAUCUUGGUAGAGACUCUGUCAGAGGUACAGGCUUUGUAAGAAGUAGUAAUCGGAGCAGAUUUCCACGUAGAAGUUACGGUGGUUCUUAUGGUUAUCAGGCACAUCCUAGUAGAUACCAGCCAUAUCCGCAGAGAGGGCAACAGUAUAGACCAUAUUCUGCUAGGUCUAGGCCUGCAAGAAAGGCUCCAGUGGCAACAGUUACAGCCCCAAACGGGCAGGAAUAAAUGCAACAUCUUGUGUAGAUUACCAAGGCACAGAGAUCUGCUCAUGAUGUCACACAGCGGAGAAGUACACCCAUUGGGAAAGAAACUGAAGAUCAUCACAGCCAUUGUCUCAGGAAAGCACUCCAAAGUAGAGGCCUUUCAGCAGAUGUUGCAAAGUUCAUCCUUCAAUCUUGGGCAGCAGGGACCCGUAAGCAGUACAGAUAUGCAUGGGAAAAAUGGUAUUUGUGGAAUGAUAUCAGGUUUAGUGAUCCCUUUCAUUCCUCUGAAGCAACAGUGAUUAAUUACUUGUAUUCUUUGAUCUUGACAGGUAAAUCAUAUUCAGUUAUCAACACCCACAAAGCGAUGUUAUUGCCAACGCUGCCGUUUUUUGGAAAUUCAUGGUGUGGUAAUGUAACUCUGAUUACGAGAUUUAUGAAAAGUGUUUUCUUACAGAAACCACCUAAACCAAAAUAUUUAUUUACAUGGGAUGUUUCCAUUCUGUUACAGUUUUUAAGGUCUCUGAUGCCUUUGGAUAAACUGUCACUUAAAUUGUUGACUUUCAAAGUUGUUGCCUUAGUAGCGUUAGCUACAGCUCCUAGGGCACAGACUCUAAUUUCUAUGAAUUUAGACAAUAUGAUAAAAGAACAACAGGCAGUUGUUUUUUCAUUUUCUAAUGUAUUGAAAGCUUCUAGAAUAGGUCAUUCUUUUGUUUUGAAGAUUGAACACUUUCAGGAUGAAUCGUUAUGUGCUAUGCACACCCUUUUGCAUUAUAUUGACGUUACAUCUAAACACAGAUUAAGUAGAAGUGUUCUAGUAUCAUACAAAACUUAUAAAGCUGUUUUAAGUAGUACAGUCGCACGUUGGCUAAAAGAAGUACUUAGCUUGUCUGGUAUUGACUCUAGUAUUUUUAAGGCUCAUUCAUAUAGAGGAGCAUCUACGUCUGCCGCUUUUAGCAAAGGAUGCUCAUUAAAAAACAUCUUAGAUACGGCUGACUGGAAGACUGAUCAAAAUUUCAGAAAAUUUUAUUUUAGGCAUGCACUGAGUAAAAAUCAUAUUUCUUUUACAGAUGCAGUGUUUAAAUAAUUUCACAUAGCAUAUAUUAUUUGUGGAGAAUAGGACAUUGUGUUGCAGUGGCACAGAGGGGAAGUUUUUAUAACGUAGACAGUUUUUGAAAUUACUCAUUAGUGGUAGUUGAAUAUUAUGUACUUUGUUGUAUUAUUGAUUUCCGAGGGUAUUAAUAAUGAUAAAUUGGUUGUUUGAUUUUAUCUGUUUUGUUGCCUUUGAAGAU